AGAUGUAGAGUCUGAGGGGAGGAGGAGGGCUCUUGUGGUUUUUUGGGCAGGUUUCUGACAGGCGUUCCUCCUGAUCUUUGACCCCCCGCCCCGGAGGCUCUUUGACCCCGAGGCUGCCUGUGGGCGACAGAGCUCUGAUUCCUCCGCCGGGUGUCGGUGUGCCAGGGAGUAAGGGCAGUGAAAAGUAAACGAAGAGCUGGGAACCCGGCUCCUCUGAGCACCCAGGGGCCUGGGGGCUGGGGCAAACCAAGUGGGCGUCAGCAGGGAAGCGACAUUUAUCAAGUGAAGAAGAAGCGACUGUAAAACCCAGAGGAAAGCCCCCUCCCCUGGCCCCCAAGCUACACUAUCAUGGACUUGAGCAUCCCCCUCUUCCUGCUUCUGCCCCUGCUUUUCGCGGCCACUUCCGGGGAGUACCAAGUGGAGGCAUAUUUCAACGGGACGGCGGAGCUCCCGUGCAACUACAAGGUGGACCAGUAUCCCCUGGAUGACCUGGUGAUCUUCUGGCAGAGAGAGGUCGCCCUGUUCGAGCUGUUCCAUGGUCAGGAGAAGCGGGACAACAUCGAUCCCAGAUACAUCAACCGCACGAGCUUCAACCGCAGUGCCUUGAGUCUGAGGCUGGGGCCGGUGCAGCUGGAGGACCAGGGUCUUUAUAAGUGCCUGGUGCUUUUCUACAAACUCCAGGGCCAUAACGUCCUCCAUCAGUUUCCCUUGAGGCUGGUGGUGGUGGCCAACUUCAGCCGGCCGGAAAUCGUGUCCCACUUCAACGGCACGUUACAGGCCGGGGAAGAGGUGAACCUCUCCUGCUCGGCGGUCGGAGGCUAUCCGAAGCCCCGGAGGCUGUCGUGGGUGGUGAAGACGGAGAACUCGACCGCCGAACCUCACAGUGAGAUGCACGUGUCCCAGGUUCCCGGCACGAAGCUGUUCGAGGUCAGCAGCUGGCUGACGGUGCAGGCUUGGCAGGCCCCCGGCACCAACGUCAGCUGUGUGCUCCACACACUCAGACCCUCGGGAUCCCUUGUCUCCGAGCUUUAUCAUCUAGAGGUGCCGACACCGCCGAUCCAGCCGGCCCCGCCUGGCCACCUCCUCACCUGGAUCGCGGUGCUCGGAAUCUUGUCUGUGAUGGUGGCGGGAACCGUGGCCCUCCUGAUCAUGAAGAAGGGGAGGAAAUGCCCUUGGCCCCGGGACCGAGAGGGAGCUGCCAGACAGAAUGUGACAGGGAGAGCGGAGGUACCUGCGGAGAGGGCUGAAGCUGUGGAGCUGAUGGGGGGCCCCAGAGCUGAGGGUGCAGAAGGCUACAGGCCCUGCGGAAGCACCUCCGAGAAAGCACGGGGCCCCUUCUAGUGAGCGGCAGGCCCGAGGAAGCAGGAUCCCAACAGGGGGGCGGGGAGGGAGGGUUAGGGUUGGAGAUGGGCCUCCUCGGGGCCGGGGCGGAAUCACCCAUCAGCAGAGCUUUAGAGACUUAACCGGGCGCACACCACUAGCCAUGCCUUCGCCGGAGGUUUCGGACGUGCGUCGUUCACGUACCCCUCCCUCCCCCGCUGCCUGGCCGGUCCGAACGGUCCACCCCACCCUGCCGCCGUGGGCUCGGGCCCAGGGCGGUGGUGUCGGCGCCCCGCGAGAUCCAGCUCCCACCGCCGAGCUUCCGGGCCGCGAGGGGACGACGCGCCGGCCCCACACCUCGCAUCGCUGACCUGACGCCUCCCCCGUGCCAGACAAGGGUGGGCCGUCGCCCCUUCCGCAGCGGGAUCUGCGGGGUCCCUCGUCCCCGGUCUUCCGAGGGCAAUGGGGCCGAUUACACGCCGGCAGCACCGGGUUGUUCCUUCAGGCUGGAGCGAGGGGGUGAGAUUCAGACUCUGUGCUGGCCCCCAGCUCGGCGUGAUGCCGGGGAGGCGCCGGGCAGCACCAAGCCGCCCCGACGUGCCCUCUAGGGGCUCUCCGUCGACGGCCUCCGCCCUUGAGUGCCCCGAGGCACGGCACACCAGGGAUUCUGCAGCAGGGAACAUCAUAAUAAUAAUUGUUGUUGUUAUGGUAUUUAUUAAGCGCUUUCUAUGUAAAAACCUUCAUGUGCACAUCGCCACGUGCUGCACUCCUGCCCCUUUACUGGCUCACUGCACUCCGUGCCCUGUGGGAACAUGUCAGACGGGGACCAGAGAGUCCGAGGGGCACCAUGCCCACCACCGGUGUCAGGAUCGAUUCCUCCCCACAGGUUCCUCUUCGUCCCUUGUUCCCGACGGGCGACUCUAUCGUCGGCACCAUGUGCUCAGCACAGUGACGGGCACUGGGGUGGACGCCCGGAAGCUGGGCUCCCACUUGAAGAGGGAGGGGGAACAGGAGUCUCGGCCCCAUUUUAGAAAUGAGGAAACUAGGGCUCAGAGAGGUUGUGAUUUGCCCGAGGUCACCGAGUUGGCCAGGGAUGGAGAGAAAUUGUGGUCCUGGAGGGGAAGGGGGUUCAAGGCUGGGGAAACAGCAUGAGGAAGGACUCCGAGGUGGAGAGCCGGGAACCAAGGAGGGUUUGGGAGGAGCGGAGAGAGCGAGCUGGGAAGGUGAGGAGGGCCGGUGGAGGAGCGUGGAGCCGGUCACAGGGAGGAUUGUCAGGACAGAGGACGCUCAGGGAAAUGGGGACCCUGUCCCUUUCACUAAUGGAAGGACUGAGUUCUCGGGAACACAUGGAAGAGGCCGAUGGACCGAGGGCGGAGUAGGGGAAACACAUCUCCCAGAAGGAAAUCCCACCUGACAACCCGGCCGGAUGCCCAUCCUUUAGAAUGGGGGAUCGGACCAGACCCUCGUGGCCAAUGACAAGGUCUCGAAAUCACCCCACCGUCAUCAGGUCCAGUGAGUGAUUUUUAUUUUUCCUGAUGGAAACAAACAUGGUAAUAUAAGAGUGAUUUCUAUUUUGUAUAUAUCUGUCUCCCAUAAUCAAAUGCAGUCGAUUAACUUUGGGCACUGAUGCUAGCAAUAAAAAUGAAUAAUUCAUAA